AUGAGUUUCGUUACCCGGCCUCCGAUACUUCGCAGAAGUCCAGCAGAAGCGAAUGGCCUCGUACGAAAGUUUCUGCACAACUGCCUGGAUCAUCACGAGUCGUGCCGACUCGGCCAGCCAGAAGAAGAAUUUGAGCUUCCGUCUCGAGUUCUAUCUAUCAAAGACGAGGCCGGAGGAAUCUCCGUCAAGCUCGUCGAGAACGAUGGCUUGAGUGGCAGAUAUUGUGCUUUGAGUCACUGUUGGGGCCCCGAAGACAAGCGGCCACUGCGGACUCUACAUGGAAACAUCACGGAUCACCUUGCCUCUAUACCUUGGAACAAGCUGCCGGCCACAUUCCAAGAUGCCAUCACGCUGACAAUAGGCCUUGGCAUCGAAUAUUUAUGGAUUGAUUCUUUGUGCAUCGUCCAAGAUGACAAGAAGGAUUGGUUCCAUGAAUCGAAGAAAAUGGCGUCGGUUUAUCGGCGAGCCACACUCGUCAUUGCGGCUGUCUCUUCCGAGGACUCCACCCAAGGCCUUUCCAAACCCGAGCGUCCAGAGCCGCUCACGUUCAGCGUUCCGUUUUAUACACAGGAAGGAUCUCCGCAGUCUGGCUACAAUAUUGCGGAAUUCCAAAACCCAUGGGGCGGCAUAGAUGGACCUUUGAGAGAACGGGCCUGGGCCUUUCAAGAGUGGUACCUCGGUCGAAGAAAGGUCUUCUUCACGUCAGAAGGCAUCAAUUGGAAAUGCGAUGAAAUCGAAUGCAACGAGCGUGGAAGCGAUACUGACUUGAGGCUAUAUGAAACCGAUUCGUGGGCAAAUUGUCUGCAAGAGUACACCAACAAGCUUCUGACAGUUCCCUCCGAUCGUCUCGUUGCUCUUCUCGGAAUCUCGGCCGAGAUGCAAAAGUCCAGGACCGAUUCUUUCGUGCCCGAAUUCGGGGUUUGGGAAGAUAACCUUUCGGAGCAGCUUCUCUGGAGACCAACAGACAUGAUGCAUGAGAAUUUGCCUGGUCUACCAUCGUGGUGUUGGGCAGCCACUGGGGGGGCGAAAGCCUGGCUGGUAGACGAGCAAGACAGAAUAGUGCCCAACGAGGUUAUGGUGAAAAGCACCGUCAACACCAUCAGCCUGAGAAAGUCCGGUCAUCCUGAUUUUGGAAAUAAUCCCUCCAGCAGCGAAGAAGACUGGUCAACUGAUACUAAGGAUUCUGGUAGCGCCUUCGAAGAAAGUGGCGUUGGAUAUUAUGGAGGUAGUGAUGACGACUCGUUCAUUGAAGAAAGCGAAGACAGCUACCCGGGUCACACGCAUAGAAACACGGACGCGUGUGUGGAUCUUUAUAAAGUCGGACGGUCCAAGGAAGUCCACUGGGCGUUGCUUCUUCAACCAGUUGAUAACACGUUGAAAAAGUUCACACGAGUCGGAGUGGCUCUUUUAUGGCCGCGAGCUUUAGAGACAGGAGAAGGCGAGGUUACGGAGUUUGAGAUCGUUUGA